AUGCAUCACAGCUUCUUCACCACCGCUCUUUUGCUCGCCUCCAACGUCUUCGCCCAAGACGCGCCCACCAACACCACCGCCACCAAUGCCCAAGUAAACCCCCAGGCAACCGCCGCCGGAGGUGCCCCCCCAGUUCCCAACGCUAUUGCUGUCACUUGCACCAACAGCCACUUGCCUUUCUCCCAGCGUGAACUCGCCCAGAUGGCCCUCAUGGACGCAAACGCUGACCGCACCAAGAUUCCCGACCCCAAAACCCUGUCGGCCAACCAAACUGCCGCCAUCUGCAAGAAUGACCAGACCACCGCCGUCUGUGUCCUGAACACAUGCGACAUCGUCGCGAACCCCUCCCCAAGUAAGCCCCUGAGACACAUCCCUAUCCCGGGCCUCACAGCUGACCCCAAGUAUCCUUCCACAGCUUGCCACGGCUGCGUCGAAUACACCCCCAACGCCAAAGGUGACGACGGUACCCUUGGUACUGUCAUCACCGAUCCCGUAGUGUGUGACGACAGCUACAACUUCAACGUGACCGAAACCAGAACCCCUUACCUGUGCUCGACCAAGACCCAGAUGACCUACUCUUGCAAGAAAUGCGAGGGAGCAAGAGGCUGCAACACCUGUUAUGACGUCAAAGACAUUCCCGCUGGCCCCACUGCCCCCCCUGCCACCACCGCUCCUGUCACUCCCCCCGCUAACCCUUAG